AUGGCUGGUCGUGGCAAGGGCAAGACUGCCGGCAAGAAGGCUGUCAGCCGCAGCGCAAAGGCAGGACUGCAGUUCCCGGUGGGUCGCAUCGCCCGCUACCUCAAGAAGGGCAAGUACGCCGAGCGCGUCGGUGCUGGUGCUCCUGUCUACCUGGCCGCUGUUCUGGAGUAUCUGACUGCUGAGGUGCUGGAGCUAGCUGGUAACGCGGCUCGUGACAACAAGAAGAAUCGCAUUGUCCCUCGCCACAUCCAGCUGGCCAUCCGCAACGAUGAGGAGCUGGGCAAGCUGCUUGGCGAUGUGACGAUUGCGUCCGGUGGUGUGCUGCCCAAUAUUCACGCUGUGCUGCUGCCGAAGAAGUCCAAGGGCGGCAAGGGCGAGGAGGCGGCCUAA